AUGGCCCCUCAGCGCCUCCUGUUGGUUGGGGAGGGGAAUUUCUCCUUCGCCGCCGCUCUGAGCAAGACUCGGGAUCCGAGCACCGUUCGUUUCAUCGCCACCUGCAUCCAGAGCCCCGCCGCCGGGGCCCACGAUCCCGUGGCCGCGGAGAAUCUGCAGCGCCUCCGCGAGCGAGGUGCAGAGGUACGUUUUGGCGUGGACUGCACCCAGCUGGCUGACGCCUUUGAACUGCACGACAGGGAGUUCGACCGAAUUUAUUUCAAUUUCCCCCACUGUGGACGCAAAGCCGGAGUGGCAAAGAAUAGGGAACUACUCGCCAAGUUUUUCCAGAGUUGCACAGAGGUGCUUGCAGAGGCAGGAGAAGUACACGUGGCACUAUGCAGAGGACAAGGUGGGACUCCUGCUGACAAGCCCAGGAGAGAAUGGCACAACAGUUGGCAAGUGACUGCCAUGGCAGCUCUGGGCGGGCUGAUUUUAAGUGGUGUGCACCCUUUCAGCUGUGAGGCUGUGCCAGGGUACAAGUGCACUGGAUAUAGGAGUCAAGAUAAGACUUUUCAUGUUGAAGGUGCUUUGAACCAUAUCUUCACCCGGAGCUUGCCCUUUGAAUGUCUCCAACCCAGAAUCAUCAGAAUCAGACUGGGUGACCACCGGUUUUCAUUUCCAGAACCAGAAGCCCUUGUAGGAAAGUUGAACAGGGGUCUUCUGGAAGCACCUUCAUGUCAUCCUAUCAAAACCAUAAAUGAGAAACUCAUUGCUGAAUUGAGCAAAGCUUUCCCUGUAAAAAGGCUGAAGUGUCCCAUCCCUUUGCUGCCACCAGAAGGCACCAGUGCUCUCACUUUCUGGAAAAGUGAUGGUUUCUCAGCUGCUUUUUGGGUCAAUCUCCUAGAGGACCACUCACAUGCUGAGCCCCUGACUGAUGGGAUGACAGAGCACUUGGAGGACCUUCUAUUGUCAUUUGCUGAACGUAGCCUUCCCAGGGAUCCUGAGCGAGGUAAGGAAGGGACUCGUGGAAGAAUCUAUGGUCAAGCCAAGGGCUGCCUUAGACCUUCUCUCCUAGUUCAUGUUCCAGCUGCCAUCCAAGCCCCAGACUUUCUCCCAGGUUCUCUGCAUAUCCUCAGCGGACCCGUCUUUAGGAAAUGCCUCCUUCUGCCUUUCAGGAUGCCAGCCUUUCAUGAGACUUUACUAAUCCUUGGGCUUAAUCAAACUCAGAAGGAUGGCUCUCUUCAGUCACUGCUUGAUCACCUGAAGUGUAUUCUAGAUGGCCUGCUGACGCAGACAUUGCCGCAAGGCUCUGCGUUGGGCAGCUCAGUGGAAUUUCUCCUUCAACCAAAUGAAGAAGAUUAUCUGAUUAGUGUGAAGUCUCAUCAUUUGGCUCCAGAUGGUGCCGAGAAUCUGAUUAUUGGGUCCGUCACCACAUCUGCUACCAGCAUCAUACGCAAAGACCAAGGCAUUGUGUUGGUGUCUAUGAACUUGGACCUACUAGCCAUGCUGGUCUGGAGUAUCUUUGACUGGAGAAUGUUGUGGUCCUUUGAUAACCGUUUCCUGAAGAACUUUGUCCCUGGGAAAAUAGAACCCUUCAAAAGCCAUUCCCUGUAUCCGCCAUGCUAUGUGCACGAUAUUAGUUUUUGGUUAGAUGAGCAGAAGGGCUUUGAUGAACUGGAGUUCCAUACUGUGGCCCGAGAGGUGUCCCAGGACACUGUCAUCUCCAUACAGCUCCUUAGUCGUUUUCAGCAUCCAGAGACUGAACAGAUCAGCCUGUGCUACAGAUUGACCUACCAGACUUGUGACAAGGCCCUCACACAACAGCAAGCAGCAUCAAUGCAGUCCCAACUGAGGGAAAAAAUUCAACAACGGUUACAUGUGACACCUCGGUAGUGUAGUGUAUUGAUUUCUACAGUGUGAUACUUCUUGGGUGUGGUUGUGGAUGAAAGAGACUAAUCUUCAACCAAAGUCCUUUCUGGAUUAUUUUUAGUUGAGUUUUUUUUUUAUACCAUUUUAUUGUGUUUUAGGUCAAAACUUGCAUAGUCACUUAGUUUCCUAUUCAAUGAUUUAUACACACCUCAAACUUUUAAGACCCCAAACACCAAACAAGGUAUGCUGGGCCAGUUGAUCUAGCAGUCACCUGAGGCUAUGCUACUUAGCCUUCAAGUCCACUAACUCAGAUCUGUGAGAGUUUUGGAUAUGACUAAAGUCGCCAUUACUUCUAUUAUGUUCUAUGAUGAUAUGGAUAUACAAGGGGGCUUCAAGAAGUAUGUCAAAAGUGGAAUUAAAAGAUAACAGAUUUUCCCCAGAACACUUUUUGAAGCCCCCUGUAGAUGCAGCAUAUACAAAGGCCCACAACUAUAGCUAUAUAUAUAUACAACAACUACUGCAAACCGAUGCAACCACUUGAAACAUUGUAGCGGGUAUUAUCAUUGCAGAAUCAUGUUUGAGGAGGCUUCCAAAAGAGGAUGGGAAAAUCUCAUCCUCUUUUAAUCCCAUUUCCCCACAAACUUUUUGAAGCCCCUCCACCUGCUAUCGCAUUCACCGUAGUUGCCCUUUAUCCUUAUAUACCUCUCUGUGCCUCCGUGUACCUGGUCAUGUCGUGCUGACUUCCCAUUUUGUGAAUUGCCUUUCUCCUCACAAGAAUUAACAUGGGCCUACGAUCUGGUCGAGGAGCUGGUGAUGCAGUGGUCACAGCUCUUGGCUGCGAGCCCCACAGGGGAAGCCGUCACCGUCUGCUCCCAGAAAGCUUCACCGACUGGAAAACCCUAGGAGGCAGCUCUACAUUCUUCCGGAGGGCCACUGUGCGUCCGGUUUGACUCCAAGAUAAUGGUAGUGGAUUUCAUCUGGUUUUCCCCUCUCUUAGGUGGUCCUCCUUCGCGUCGGAUCCUCGGUGACCACAACGUUGCUUUCUGUGUAUAAGCCGAUUGACUUCUUAAAAUUAAAGUGAUAUAUAAUAUUUGCCCUUUUGUGAUGAACUCACUUCACUUAGCACAGCGUCCUCCAGACUCAUUCAUCUUGUGUUUCAUGGACUCAUUACUAUUGACUGUCGUAUCGUAUGCCAUCAUUAUGUACGUGCCACACUUUGUUUAUCCAUUCAUCUGCUGGUGGACAUGUAACUGAUUUCUAUCUUUUUGUUCAUGUGGAUGCUGCAGUGAACAUGGGUAUACCUAUGUCUAUUGGUGCCGUUGCUCUUAUUUCUCUAGUGUGCACACAGUACGUAAAACCAGCAGGAUUAGGGUUCCAGUCCAUCCACGCACAGGUUUUUAUUCCAAUGUGCUUAAUUAAACAUGUCUCUGCAAUUAGUGGAUGGCUGCAGAAAGUUUUUCAGUAAUACACUUGUCUUUGUCUUAUAGGGAACCUUCAGAAGAAAGGUCCAAUCAAACUUUCUGAGGAUAACUGCUGGCCAGUUAAAUUCAAGGUAGAGAGGUCAGGUUAGAAGGCUAUGGUGACUGGUUUUUGGGGGAUUCCAAAGGGCUAAUCUUGAUAGAUUUCCUCAAAGGAAACAGGAUGAUCAAGGCUUAGUAUGGAGACAUUUGCUGCAAAUAUAUCCACAAAUGUGGAGCAUACAGGAUGCAAAGUUAUGAAAGAUUCUUACACAUAAUCAAACACCUUAAGGGAAUGAGUUGCAGGCCUGGGGGCUCAGGACUACAAUAGGGUGGGGGGUGAACUGACCAAAGUUAACUGGCAUAAUGUAGUCCACAAAGACUGCUCUACAGCCUACCUGGUUUUGCCAUAAUGCUCAACAUCCCUAUUAAGUAAGGAGUAACUUGGAUCUUAAAAGCUCCUGAGCAGCCCUCUAAGGUGCAACUAUCCACCUCUCCCUAUCUGGAGGGAAAAAAGUGAAAAAAUCAAAGAUGUAUGGAAACAAUUAGUCCAAUGAAAUAAUGGUCAGGGGAACAUCAAUCAUGGGUCCUAGAUAGAGUGAGAGAAAAGUUCAAAAUCAGAUAGAGACUAGUGGAACUCCUAAGACUAUGGCCCUUAUAACGAC